AUGAACACACAGUUUGGUCGAUACCGUUGGUUAAAGCUACCCUUUGGCAUCAAAUCCGCACCAGAGAUGUACCAGAGAGUAAUGGAUGACAUGUUAGAGGGGAUAGAAUAUGCAUAUGCCAUUAUGGAUGAUAUUCUGAUAGCUGGCCGUGACGUAGCGCAUCAUGAUGCUGUCUUACGAGAAGUCCUUGAUCGUGCUCAGAGCUACAACUUGAAGUUAAACUUCGGCAAGGUGAAGAUCAGGAAAGAGGAAGUGCCGUUCGUGGGACAUCUCAUAUCAGCACAUGGGAUCAAACCGGAUCCCACGAAAGUCGAAGCGAUGAAAAACAUGCCCGCACCCGUAAACAAAGAUGAUGUCCGCCGUUUUCUGGGAUCAGUUCAAUACCUUGCCAAGUUCUUACCACGCUUGGCUGAGAUAGAAGAGCUGCUACGGCACCUAACAAAGAAAGACGCAGUCUUCCAUUGGGACAAACCACAGGAAAACGCUUUUCAACGCAUCAAAGAUCUAUGCUGCACAGCACGUAUACUGGCCUAUUAUGAUGUCAAGAAGGAUGUCAAGAUACAAUGUGAUGCUAGCAAGAAUGCAGUCGCUGCUGUCCUUCUGCAAGAAGGCAAACCCAUAGCGUAUGCAUCUCAAAAGCUUCGUACAUCCGAGCUAAACUGGUCACCUAUUGAGAAAGAAAUGUUGGCGAUUGUGUUCAGCACAGGCAAAUUCAGAGAAUUCAUCCUAGGAAAGGAAACUGUAGCACAGACUGAUCACAAGCCAUUAGAGACAAUUUUUCGCAAACCUUUGCUGUCAGCACCCUUGCGGCUGCAGACCAUGAUGUUGAAAGUGAAAGGAUAUGACUUGAAAGUUGAAUACCUUCCUGGCAAGAAGCAAGUCAUCGCAGAUACGCUCAGCAGGGCCAGUCUUAAUGUUAUGCCACCCGAAAGAAAGGAGUUUCAAGUCAACAUGCUUGAGAGAAUAUCUGUCACGCAAGACAAAUACCAGGAACUGCAACAAAGGACUGCGAAUGAGCUACACGAUUUGUAUGCUGUCAUCCAGGUAGGAUGGCCCACCACAAAGCAGCAAGUGCCUCACAGCGUCAAACCAUUCUGGGACAAUCGAGAUGAAUUAGCAAUAUUGGACGGCGUCAAUGCAACAGGAAAUGAUAGAGCUGGUGCACGAGACUCACCAAGGAAUUGUGAAAUCCAAGCAGAGAGCACGAGAAGCACUGUAUUGGCCGGGCAUGAGUUCUCAAGUCGAAGCGAAAGUAAAGGACUGCAGUACUUGUCAUGA